AUGCCGCGCUCUUUUCUGGUGGACUCGCUGGUGCUGCGCGAAGCCGGCGGCAGCGACAAGAAAGGCGGAGUCUCUCCCGGCAGCCCACCGCCCCCGCCGCUCUUCCCUUAUGCCGUGCACCCCUCGCAUCCCCUGCACGGCCUUUCGGCCGCCUCCGGAGGCGCCUGUCCCGCCGCUCCCGUCUCCUCGUCGGCUGCGCGCAAAGCCGGCCUGCUCUGCGUCUGCCCCCUUUGCGUGGCCGCCGCUUCGCAGCUGCACCCGCCGCCGCCGCCACCCGCCCUGCCGCUCCUCAAGGCUUCCUUCCCACCCUUCGGCUCCCAGUACUGCCCUUCGCCCCUGGCUGCCCGGCAACCUCCCGGAGGUUCGUCCGCCUCCAGCGCUGGCCACGUACCCGCCCUCUACCAGAGCGCUUACUCGCUGCCCGAUCCUCGGCAUUUCCACUGCAUCUCCGUGGACAGCACGUCGGGCCAGCUGCCGAGCAGCAAGCGGAUGCGCACCGCCUUCACGAGCACGCAGCUGCUGGAGCUGGAGCGGGAGUUCGCCUCCAACAUGUACCUGUCGCGCCUGAGACGCAUCGAGAUCGCCACCUACCUCAACCUCUCCGAGAAGCAGGUGAAGAUCUGGUUCCAGAACCGGCGCGUCAAGCACAAGAAGGAAGGCAAGGGGGGCUCCCAUCGCGCUGGGGGACCGGCCGUCCUGGGCUGCAAGUGCGCCUCCCUCUCCGUUGUGGCCAAGUGCUCCGAAGACGAAGAGGACUCGCCCAUGUCCCCGUCUUCCUCGGGCAAGGACGAGAGAGGACUGGCCGUCCCACCCUAA